GGAACCGGUGGCAGCUUGGUUCCUGCGCGGAUGCUGGGGCUGUAGGCGCCGAGCUUUCAGCUGGUUGCAGCUCCCAGGGAGGAAGACGCCGGGGCUCGCCUUCCCUACGCUGGCUCCGCCACUGCCAUGAUUCCGGUGUCGCUGGUGGUAGUGGUGGUGGGCGGCUGGACUGCCGUCUACCUGACCGACUUGGUGCUGAAGUCAUCUGUGUAUUUUAAGCAUUCUUAUGAAGACUGGUUGGAAAACAAUGGAUUGAGCAUCUCCCCAUUUCACAUAAGGUGGCAAACUGCUGUUUUCAAUCGUGCCUUUUACAGUUGGGGACGGCGGAAAGCGAGGAUGCUUUACCAGUGGUUCAAUUUUGGAAUGGUGUUUGGCGUAAUUGCUAUGUUCAGCUCUUUUUUUCUCCUGGGGAAAACGCUGAUGCAGACUUUGGCACAAAUGAUGGCUGACUCACCCUCUUCUUAUUCUUCUUCCUCUUCUUCCUCUUCCUCUUCUUCCUCUUCCUCUUCUUCCUCUUCUUCCUCUUCAUCAUCUUCCUCUUCCUCCUCUUCUUCCUCCUCCUCCUCACUUCACAAUGAACAAGUGCUACAAGUUGUGGUUCCUGGUAUCAAUUUACCUGUCAACCAACUGACCUAUUUCUUCGCUGCAGUUCUCAUUAGUGGUGUUGUACAUGAAAUUGGACAUGGGAUAGCAGCUAUUAGGGAACAAGUUCGAUUUAAUGGCUUUGGGAUUUUUCUCUUCAUUAUUUAUCCUGGAGCAUUUGUUGAUCUGUUCACCACUCAUUUGCAACUUAUAUCACCGGUCCAGCAGCUAAGGAUAUUCUGUGCAGGUAUCUGGCAUAAUUUCGUCCUUGCACUCCUAGGUAUUUUAGCUCUCGUGCUCCUCCCUGUAAUUCUCUUGCCGUUUUACUACACUGGAGUUGGGGUGCUCAUCACUGAAGUUGCUGAGGACUCACCUGCCAUUGGACCCAGAGGCCUUUUUGUGGGAGACCUUGUCACCCAUCUACAGGAUUGUCCUGUUACUAAUGUACAAGAUUGGAAUGAAUGUCUAGAUACCAUCGCCUAUGAGCCCCAAAUUGGUUACUGUAUUAGUGCAUCAACUUUACAGCAGUUAAGCUUCCCAGUUAGAGCAUACAAACGGCUAGAUGGUUCGACUGAAUGUUGUAACAAUCACAGCCUCACAGAUGUGUGCUUUUCCUACAGAAAUAACUUUAAUAAACGUUUGCAUACAUGCCUACCCGCCCGGAAAGCAGUUGAAGCCACACAAGUUUGUAGAACCAAUAAAGAUUGUAAAAAAAGUUCAAGUUCCAGUUUCUGUAUAAUACCUUCUUUGGAAACUCAUACUCGCUUAAUAAAAGUGAAACAUCCUCCUCAAAUUGAUAUGUUGUAUGUAGGCCAUCCACUGCAUCUUCAUUACACAGUGAGCAUCACCAGUUUUAUCCCACGCUUCAACUUUCUAAGCAUAGAUCUGCCUGUGGUUGUGGAGACAUUUGUCAAGUACCUGAUUUCCCUCUCAGGAGCUCUGGCUAUUGUUAAUGCAGUGCCCUGCUUUGCUUUGGAUGGUCAGUGGAUUUUAAACUCUUUCCUAGAUGCCACCCUUACCUCAGUGAUUGGAGACAAUGAUGUCAAAGAUCUGAUAGGAUUUUUCAUCUUGCUUGGUGGCAGUGUACUUUUGGCUGCCAACGUGACCCUGGGACUCUGGAUGGUUACAGCACGGUAAUAUUUGCAUUCAUCUGGCAGAAUGAUCCUUGGUAUGAAAUAUAAAGUGUUUCCUUAAAAUUACAUUUUAACUAACAACUUUAAGAUCCUCAUGUAUCAGAAUAUCCAAACUCUGGGAUGGAGGAUAAACAGAAGAAAUGAAAGGCAUAGUCUCUGACUACAUUCUGAUUUUAAAGAUUGAACUUAACAAAUUUCAGAUGCUUGUGGAACAAUUUCUAAACAAGUGAAAAUUCAUGUUAAACCAUUUUGUGCAAGUCCGGAUCAUGUUGCAGUAGUGUAAAGGAGAACAGAAUUAGGUGGAAUUAAUUGGGGCAAACUUUUUGAAAAAACAUCAUGAAUCCAGAUUUGAAGAAGACCAGAAUCUGGCCAAGUGGAAGGGUGAGCAUUUUCUUGGCCUGUAUCUCUUGUCCUUUGUCUUGUUUGAAAAGAAUUUUAAGAUUUAAUGGUGUAUUAUUUUGUACUCUGACAACUGAGGUCUGAUUGCAGUUAAUAAAAUUCUAUAAAAGUA